GCUAAGCGCUCAGAAUUGUGUAUAUGUACAGCUCCUGCCAUCACUUGUCCCACCCCACGAAUGGCAGUCGAAACCAAACCUCAAAUACUUGUUGUGGAAUCCUGGGCUGCACAAGAGCACAAAGGGGGGUCAGAGGAGCUGGGAGUUGAAUACCCAGUCUCCAAGGACUCCGACCUUCCUUUGCUCCUGCAAGAGUUUCCAGAAGGUGGUCUUGCCGCUUGGUCCACUGCUUUUGGAGCGUAAGGAGACACGAUUUUGAUGGGAUUGGCUCUUACUUGAUCGGUUCAGGUUUCUCAUAAUGUUCUGCACUUGGGGUUACACCGCUUCAUUUGGUGUCUAUGAAGACUUCUAUACUCGGCAUUACCUCACAAAUGAGACAUCAUUUGCUAUUUCAUCCAUCGGGAGCUUGACAGGGUUUUUAGGCAGCGCUGGGGGUAUUAUAUCAGGCUCACUCUAUGAUCGAGGUUAUUUUUAUCAUCUUGUCAUUACCGGAUCGCUUCUGCAGAGUUUCUCUCUUUUCAUGUUGUCAUUGGCGAAGCCACAUCAGUACUUCCAGAUAAUUCUUACUCAAGGCUUAGGCUCAGGUAUCGCGGUAGGGUUGCUGCACGUCCCGGGCUUGGCUGUCGUCUCGCAUCAUUUCAGACAGAAACGCACGCUGGUGAUGACAUUCGUUACUUUGGGCUCAUCGUCCGGUUCUCUCGUCUAUCCGAUUAUGCUCAAUAACCUCCUGAAUGGACACCUUGGCUUUGCCAAUGGCGUGCGUGCAAGUGCAGGGUUGACCAGUAUGCUCCUUUUGAUUGCAUGCUUGUGUGUGCGAACCCGCCUUGAUCCGCCGACGACCCCAGUGAACUAUAUUGCGACAGCUAGAAAAUGCUUUCGUUAUGUUCCGUUUCUUUUCGCGAUAUCAGGGGCGUUUAUAUUCAAGAUUGGCUUUUACUACCCAACAUAUUUCCUCCAACUCGACUCUAUCAAACACGGCAUCAACAUCACUUUUUCAUUUUACACUCUUGCGAUUUUAAAUGCGUCCAGUUGUGCGGGACGAAUUACAUCAGGGUAUAUCGCAGCGUUUACAGGAGUACUAAACUUAACCAUGAUUGCGGCAAUUUCGUGCGGAUCGGUAAUUCUGGGCAUGAUGGGAUUGCGCACCCUGGCCAGCGUCGCUAUUCUUGGUGCAUUUUAUGGCUAUUUUUCAGGGGUGUAUACCGCGAUGGAGGGUCCACUCGUGGCUACCCUAGCACGCAACCCCUCCGAACUUGGCGGGUGGAUGGGCAUCUAUUUCUUUCUCGAUGCAUUCGGAAGUUUACUUGGACCACCUAUAUUUGGUGUUCUGCUCACAUCGCAUUUUUUCUGGUGGAAACCCGCUCUGUUCGCUGGGAUCGCUUCACUGACUGGUGGCGCGAUGUACGCUUUCAUGCGGCUCGUUUAUACCAGAUUGCAGAAGAAUGAAUCCUAAACGAUGACAUGGUGACGCAUGACAUGCAGGAACGUUGUUUGUGAUACGGAUAUAAUGAUAUACAGAUUAUGCCGAAAGAUAAAGGAGUACAAAUAGAUUCCAAUUCUGCCAAUGAAGACAUGUAUGUCUCACGACUGUGGUAUUUGGUAGAUAGAUGCUUGAAGGAAAUGGUUUAUUGUCCUGUCA